UCAAAACAGAAAAUAAAGUUCUGAAAGGUUGAAACUAAGUGUUCAAAAACUCAAAAUCUUACAAAAAAAAGUUUUGCAAUAUCGAAAAAUAAGAUUUGCAAGCUUGCAAAAUGUAAAAAAAUAAAAAAUAUCUCUGCAAACAUUAUGUUGUUUUUGAGAUUUCCUUCUUCAGAACUGCAACACUUUUUUACGAUGUUGCGCAAAGAAUUUUUCAGAGUUUCAAAUUUGUCAGUGUUCUCCCACUGUAUUAGUUUGUUUUCCAGGUUUGAAACCUUGUAAAUGGUGAUCUGAAAACUGGUGUGUGAAUGUGUGAAAAAAAGUUUUGAAACUCUGAAAACAGAGUUUUGCAGGCUUGCAAUGUGGUAAAAAAAAAAAAAAUCUCUGCAAACAUAAUUUUGUUUUUGAGUUUUCCUUCUUCAGAAGUGCAACACUCUUUUUUUACGGUGUUGUGCAAUAAUUUUUUCAGAGUUUCGAAUUUGUCAGUGUUCUCCCAGUGUAUUGUUUGUUUUCCAGAUUUUAAACCUUGUAAAUGGUGAUCUGAAAACUGGUGUGCGACUAGGUGAAAAAAAGUUUUGAAACUCUGAAAACUGAGGUUCGAAAGGGCGAAACGUAUUACAUUACAUUACAUUUGCACUCCUAUUGCAGAAUAUUUUUUCAGAGCCUCGCGUGAUUUGUGACAGCGUUGUCACGCAGCUCUGCUCUGAAUCUCUGAAACAGACUGAGCGAAAAUGAAGCUUCGCAACCUCGCAGCUUAAAAAAAAAAGCCUGGAGGGAGGGCCUUCUGCUCUUGGCCAAUGCUUUGCUGUCUGCUGACGUACAGUCCAAUCACAAGUCGUAUUUACUGGAAAGGUGGGAUUGACCGACUGCUCCGCCAAUGACGAAAGCGCACAGGAUACGCAAACAGAGGAUCUCUGGCCACAUGUCGGUCCCGUCUAGAGCUGCAAGAACCGCCGUUGAAAGAACCGCGCCCAUGGCUGGGAGAGAGGAGGAAUAUACUGCAAUAGCUGAUGCUGCACAGUCACUAAUAUCAUUGAUUUCGAGAAGACAGCAACAACCUGAAGGCAGUGGUCAAGGAGGAAGAGGGCAACCACCUCGAAGGUUGCAGUCUGAUGGACACAACACCCCAAGUACAUCAGUUGGAACAAGUCAGCUGCCGACGAUCCAAAAUGAAAUGCAGAGGUCAUUUCCAGGUUAUUUUCGUCGUGAAAUGAUUCGCUCCAAGAAACGCCCUGCUGCUCUAUCCAAAAUAUCUCCAGCGAUAGCCAUAAAAUAUGUCAGGCUUCAGUUUUUGGUGCUGUCUAGUCCGACUGAUCGCACACCAAAGCCAUCUGAAGAAAUCAAACUCCUCGAGGCAGGCUUGGGGAAAAGAACCAUGACAGUGGCUGAUAACGCUUGCCAUGAGGAGAUUGUCUGUCAACUUGAAGAGCAGUACCCCAAGUUGAAGCAGUUGUCCGGAGGCUGGCUAUGUUAUAAAUCAACAGGUGGUCAAGGACAGAGAAAAUUGAGUGUUGUCGCUACAGAGUCUGAGGGCUACACUGGACGACUCCUUAAAACGGUCACAAAUAAUGGCAAACUAAUUCUGUACAUUGUCCCACUACAAGAGGAGCUAGAUGCAAGCCCCCUCCCCCACAAUGCUCCAGAAUUUUCCAAAAUGCCAAAGUCCUCAUGCAAAAACUGUGGAGUUGUUAUGCCUUUACAGUUCCUGGCUCUGCACAUCAAAUCUUGUAAUGCUGAAAUUAGCAGUGAUGAGCCUGAAAUUGUCAGUAUUGAAGAGAAAGAAGUCAAUACUACAGAAGUAUGCCCAAUAUGUGAAAAACAAUUUCCCAGAGAGGAUAUUGCAUACCAUGCCAGCUUUUGUGGAGAUGGAUUUCCAGAAGACACCUUGAUGCCAUUACUUGAAGAUGAUGCCAGAGAGGGGACUUCAAGCACAAUUGAUCUCUUGCCUCAUGGUUCCAGGACUACAGAACAAAGCACCAGACCCAAUGGUGUAGUCAAUGACAUGGCCGGACCAUCAACUAUUCUUGCUGAUCCCACUGUCCCAGAAUGGAAGCGAAUCAUGAAUGCUUCAAGUGCAGCAACACUGUUCAGAAGAGUUAUCUUGAGGGAGCAACAGCUGGAGAUACCUCUUCGCUUCUCAAUGGACCUACAUUCAGAUGUUGAAGAGAGAGAAAAGGCAGUAAUCGCAUUCUACAAGACUCAGAGAACUAAAUGGGCCUCCCCACUUCAUUGUGUGCUGGAGGGGAAAACCACCAACAAUCAGAAUGCAUGA